AUGUUGCCUAAAUUACUUGAUAGCAUUCCAGAUAAUUCGGGUUUUGUGAACGAUCUUCCAGCUGUACGUUUGAUUAAACUUUUAUCUAAGUAUUUUACUGAUUCAUGGCAACAAAUCAUAUCGAAUAAAGAACCAUUAUCGCCACGACCAGCUAUACAAAUAACAACAGAUCAAUUUAUUAUUUUUCUCGAUUAUGAAGUUAUUAGUGAAACAUCAUCAAUGGAACAAGCUUUAUGUAUCAUUGUUUCAUUAUAUGUUAUAUUUGAAUUACAAUUUGAAGAUGAAGAAGGUGGUCAUAUGGUGACAACGAAAUCAACAAAUUCUAAAACUCUUACAGCUACAGUCGAUAGUUUGACACAAGUCGAAGAUAAUCAAACUGAUGAUUUACCAGAUAGUGAAGAACAAGAGGAAAUAUAUGUCGAAAGUACAACAGGUAAUAGUCAAGAUCAAACAACAGCUACAUAUGUUGGUGAUAAGGAACUGAUGAAUGAGUAUUCAUCAGGAUCGUCAGAUUCGUCUUCUUCCUUAUCACCAAUUGAUCCUCCACUUGUUAUUCACAUUUCACCAAGAAAAGAACAACAAAAACAAAUAGCAUCUUCAUCAUCUUCGAACGACAAUACAUUAUAA